AUGGAGGAGCAGCAGCGGCCAAUGGCGGCAGACCAGAUCAGCGCGCCGCGGGAGGGGAUGGGGCAGCUCUCAUGGGCCAAGCAGAGCAGAGUUGGCGGGCCAUGCCAGGACCAGCGUGAUAGGUCGCGGGCGAAGAGGGGCCAGGGCGGCGAAGACACCCCAGGAAAAGUGCCGCCGGCCACGACCUUUUUCCUCCUUGCCCUUGUUUUCUCCUUCCCGUCUAGGGUUAUCGCCGCCGCCGCCGCCAUCGUCCCCAUCCUUGCUCGCGGCCUCGGUCUCUGCGUCUCUAAUCGUCCCAAGAUCCCAAACCCGUCGUCGUCUUCUACUUCCCUCUCUUAUUCCCCUAUGCCCCGGCAAGGUGUGCCAAUCCGGCGCACACGGCAAAGUACAUCAGCAUCCAGUAUACCCCUUGACACGGCCAAGGUCAGGCUACAACUGCAGAAGAGGGUCGUCGCCAGGGAUCUCGCUGGGCCCAAGUACCGUGGCCUGCUCGGCACCGCCGCCACCAUCGCCAAGGAGGAAGGCGCCGCCGCACUCUGGAAGGGCAUCGGCCCUGGCCUCCAUCGCCGGUGCAUCUACGACGGUCGCUAUGAGCCCGUCAAAUCCUUCUAUGUUGGUGCCAUGUUGGGGAUGUACCUUUGUCCAAGAAGAUAG